AUGACUACCCUCCAUUACCUUCCCCCCGUCAAGCCCUCCGCCAUUGCGCUGGGUACAAUCUUCACCCACACUGCCUCUCUAGGCAUCUUGGCGCCCGUCUUCGGCGACACCUACCACCGCGCCCAAGCCGCCAACUCUAAGGAGGAAUUCAUCAAGUCGAAGGAGGCUGCCGGCGCAGCCUGCAGCCUGGGCUACAAGGGCGCCGCGUACCUGGGUUCACUUAUUUUCUUCGCAAGCUCAGCUCCAGGCAUUGUGAGCCAGGUCUUCUCUGAGAAGCGACCUCUCGACACUAUUGCUGUCGGUGCGGUCUCGAGAGUGUUCGAGACUGUUGGUCUCAGUUUGUUCCUUACCUGGUGGGGAACGCGCACUCACCCAUUCAACUAA